AACAAAUGUUUCCAGCAAAUGUUGACUAAACUUCUCGGAUUUGUGUUUAGUCACUUAUUUGACUUUGUUACGAAAAUGUCGGUGGAAGACUCUUGGGUUUUCGAUUCCCUGGUGUGCUUUCUGCACGGACCUAUUUGGAAUGCUCCCCUCCAGACUUUUAUAGAGCAAAAGUCCUUAGUCUUCGAUCCCAACCUGCAGUUGGAUGAGAACAAUCCAGAGAUCCUCCAGAUCCACGAGGAAUACAAGAAUCUGGUGGAUUACAUGCUGGGUAGCUUCAUGGAGGAGAUGCAGAUAUCGCCGGAGCAAUUCGAAAUUGCCUGUUUGGAGGGACGACAGCAGGGUCAGGGUGAAAAUCCCUUCCAAUUUCACCAGGUGUUGUUCCAGCAGAUAUGGGCCGCCAAUGACAUCAAGAUUUUCAUACGGAUGAUGACGCAACGAAAUGUGGAGCUUCAGUUACAGGCCCUUGAUCUCAUAGAGAAAAAUCAAUUAGCCCAAAGUGCCGCCGAUGAAGGGGAUGACCGCAGUGCAGACGCGUGCUCGGAUCCAGGUGAUACUGCCUCCGAGGUGGAGCAAAUGAUAGCCAAGACGGUGUCCGACGAACUUGAGAGUCCGGAAGCGGCUCUCACUCCAGAGCAAGAUGUCAGUCUGGAGCUGGUUAACGACAAGUUUCAGCGUCUGAAUCUGUUCUUCGAGCAGGAGGACCACGUGGAUCCCAGUGAUGUGGUUUCGCGGCAGGAGUAUCUGCGUCAGCAGCGCGACAAGAUUGUGGAGAUUAAGAAGCAGACUCGAGCCAAGCAGCUGCAAGAGACCAUGUCCCGGGGUACUCCUCAUGCUCCAGAGGGAGCACGCCCCAGCUCCGCUUUGGUGGCCCAGCAACUGCUUGAAAACGGAGGCCAGACCAAGGAGCUCUCGAUGCCGGCACCUCUAGAGGCCGAGGAGAAUGCUGCCCUUCAGCUAAGACGAAAUCUUGCCAAGCGCCUGCGAAGCGAAGUGGUGGAGCAGAAGUAAAUGAAAGG